AACAGCCAUUAAUGGCAAAACCACCGAGCCCAAGCUAGUCCCUGCUGAUAUUGAAGCUUCUGAAAUGCCAGAUUCCAUGACCAAAAAGGGUGGUUUCAUCACCUUAUUCUUCAUUUCAGAUUGGGACUAACAUUUGUGUAUUGUCGGGCACGCAAUAAGCAGGGACACUGUCGGGAGUGAUGUUGUCUGGUUUCGGAUGGUUAGCAAACCUGAUCGUUUAUCUGGUUCAGGAAUUCAAUGUGGAGAGCAUUAAUGCCACUCAAAUUGCCAACGUUGUUCAUGGUUGCAUAAACUUGCUUCCAGUACUUGGAGCAAUCAUUGCUGAUUCAUUCUUGGGAAGUUUUCAUGUUGCUGCAAUUUCUAGCUUUAUAUCUUUUCUGGGGAUGAUUCUGCUGAUUUUAACAGCAAAGCUUAGCUCUUUGAAACCUCCACCAUGCGAGAUUGGUUCAAGCUUCUGCAGAGCUCCAUCUAAACUACAAUAUGUAGUCCUGUAUUUAAGUAUAACAACGGCGUCUGCAGGGUUAGGAGGAAGCCGAUAUACGCUAGCAACAUUGGGAGCAAACCAACUUGAUAAGCCUAAAGAUAAAGAAACUUUCUUCAAUUGGUUCUUCUUCACUGUUAAUGCAUCUAGCAUAAUAAGUUCCACUGCAAUUGUCUACGUCGAGGACAGCAUUAGCUGGGCUCUUGGAUAUACCAUAUGUUUUGCUGCUAAUUUCAUUGCUUUAGCUGUUUUCUUGGCCGGACAACGAUUCUAUCGAUGUGACAAGCCUCAAGGGAGCCCGUUUACUGGUCUGCUUCGUGUAGUUGUCGCUGCUGUAAGGAAAAGGAAGGUCUUGCUCUCAUCAAGAAGUGAAGAUUAUUACCAUGAACACUGCGAAACGAGUAAGGUUAUGCCUGUAACAGCAAAUGGGUGGUUCAGGUUUUUGAACCGAGCAGCGAUGAAAACCGAAGGAGACAUCGAUUCAGAUGGAUUAAUUGCAAGACCAUGGAAGCUAUGCAGUUUAGAGCAAGUAGGAAAUCUGAGAACUGUAAUAAGACUUGUCCCAAUAUGGUCAAGUGGUAUAUUUCUUAUAACCCCGGUAGCAAUCCAAUCCAGCAUUGCAGUUACCCAAGCUCUAUCAAUGGAUCGUCACCUUGGUUCCAAUUUCAAGAUCCCUGCAGCGUCAAUUAUAGUUGUGAUACUAGUAUCCUCAUCCUUCUUCGUAGCCCUGUUUGAUCGUUUCGUAUUUCCCACGUGGCAGAAGCUGACUGGCCGGCCUCUGACGUUGCUACAACGAAUAGGAAUAGGCCACGUGAUCAUUGUCCUAAGCAUGGCAAUUUCAGCAAUGGUGGAGUCAAAACGGCUCAAAACAAUCCAAGAUAACAAGCUUGAAGCACUUCCUGGUGCCAUAGUGCCUAUGCAAGUCUGGUGGUUAUUUCCUCAGCUUGUUGUGAUUGGUAUAGGUGAUGCAUUCCAUUUUCCAGGACAAAUUGCAUUGUAUUACCAUGAAUUCCCAGCCUCUUUGCGAAGCAUCGCGACCGCCAUGGUUUCUUUAGUUGUCGGCAUUGCUUUCUAUGUCAGUACAGCUCUUGUUGAACUAAUCAGAAGACUUACAGGAUGGUUGCCUGGAAACAUAAAUAGUGGAAGGCUAGAUAAUCUGUAUUGGAUCUUAGUUACAGCAGGGGCACUGAAUUUUAUGUACUUUUUAGUUUGUGCCAAGCUGUACAAGUGUCGAAAUAUUGAAAAGGAAGUGGAUGCUAACUCCGGCUUUGAUAUAUAGUGGUGAUCAAGAAACAAAGCUGGAAGGCCUAGUGUGUCUUAUCCCCAAAUCAACCUGCUUGAAAUUUAAGACUCUCAACUCAAAAAAAUCUCAUGGUCAUGGGAAUAUUGGAAGGUUUGGUUUAAUAGAUUAGAAAGAUCUAUGUAGAGCCAAAUACCCUUCAUUUAGUGAUGUUACAUAUUCAAAAAGAAGAAAAUGACAAAAAAGUCACCAUUAAACUCUA